UAGGAUUCAUAUAUAUUCCCUUAAUAAAUCCGACACUGGAUUUACUAAUGCCUAUUAAUGGAACUCGACCGAAGGAACCUCUGUUUGGUGUCUGUUACGUAUUUAUGAAAGCUGAUGAUCAUUUUGCCGCUGUAUUUCUACAUUUGGGUUGGACCACAUUCGUGACGGUCUAUAAUGUCUCUAUCGUAGAUUCGUUAUACAUACUAAUCAUUCACCACGUUUGUGGAAUGUUUGACGUUUGCGGAUAUCAGAUCGAAACAGCAACACAAGAGCCUGAAUUGCGGUACGAUCAGUUCAAGCAAUGCGUCAUGACUCAUCAUAAGGCUCUGCUGUUUUUCGACAAACUACAGGAAUGCAGCCAGAAUAUGUUUCUUUUGCUGGUUGCGUUGAACAUGAUACUCAUCAGCAUGACUGCCGUGCAAGUAAAUAUGUCUCUAUACUUAAAGCUAACACUACAUUUUACUAAUUUUGCAGAUACUUAUGCACAUGGAUCAACCUCUGGACAGUACCAGAUUCAUUCUGUUCUUUCUGUGCGCACAAUUUCAUUUGUACAUCGUCAGCCUAUUCGGGCAAAUCAUACUGAACCACAGCACAAUAUUAGCAGAAAGAAUGUAAGCAUGAUACAACUGCAACUGGUACGAGGUACCGAUCAAGUUCCAGAAAUUGCUUUGCAUGAUGAUAGGAAGGUGCAACAAACCUUGCAUUUUGAGCGCGGGAGGACUGUACGAUAUGAACAUGGAGAACUAUGGAAAAGUAUGUACUUUUGGAAAUUUGUGACAUCGUUUAACGAACUUCUUUUUGCAAAAGGCAGUGAAAGCGUGCAUGUCGUACUUCACCAUGUUUCUGUCGAUGAGGGACUGAGUGUACAGCUAUCAAGCUCAACUAACCAUAAGGACAAUGAAACUGUAGUCACGAAAUUUGCUAGCAAAUCGGAAGUCACAUAGUUCCUACAGAAUGUCAGCAACAUUCAAAUGAAAUUCAAAAUGAAAACAUCUAUUGUAAUUACGUGUCAAAGGGAAUUAUGGUAAAAUUAUCACUAAGCAAUUAAAGGCAGGUUUUAUAGAUCACUCUGUCGUAGUGAAGUUUGUUCUACUUUUAUAAUGAAAAUAAAUAAUCUACAAUGCACGGAUGAUUUUAAUACUUUAACCGCACAUAUACGCAGUCAGAUGUCGCCGGCAAUAUUUUUGAAGAAUUUAAAGGAACUUUAUACAUUCACGAAAUAAUUCAACAUGGUCAUACACACAAAACAAACACUGGGCCACUCCAA